AUGAGUGGAUUUUCGAUAAACCUAAAAAGUAAAGGUAAAAAGUCGUUGAGGGUCAAGAAAAAAGGCUCAACACAGAGUGCAAACGUGUUUGGUAUUCAAAAUGUUGGUAAGCAGAGCAAUAUCACCAAAUUGACGCAUGUAGACGAGUUUGUAGAGAAGGAAAUAGAAGAACAGCCUAAAUUAACAAUCAAGCCUGAGGGUAGUCUGCGAUAUUCCUUGUCAAGGUCUGAUGAUACUGAAACGCAUAAUGAAGAGCUGAAGUUUGGGCUCACUAAAAAUUGCACUAGUGCUACUAAAGACGAUACCAGCAACAGCAGAAGUAUAAUCAAAAAUUCUGAAGAGCAGUUGCAACGGCGAGAGAUGGAGCUGCUUGGAUUAGCGCCAGAAAUGACGCAAGAGGAAGAAUACGAAAAUGUCCCCGUUGAAGAAUUCGGUGAUGCUCUAUUAAGAGGUAUGGGAUGGGAUGGGAGAUAUGAUGAUGACGAAGCACGAGCAUUUAAAGAACCACAUCAGAAGAAACUACACCUACCGAAUGUUUCCAGGCCCGAUUAUGCAGGGAUUGGCGCCGAAGUUGAACCUUCAGGCGGUAAAUUAAAAAACAGCCAAAGAGACCAAACAUAUUUGCCUAUAAUUAAGAUCAAAAAAGAUACUAAGAAAAGAGCAUGA